AUGCCUAGCCUGCUGGUUCUAGCAGGGAUCAUGGACAAAAAUGGGGGCUACGGCGGGGAUCUAGCCGGCUCCGGCUUCGGUAGUGAAGGUCUCCUGGUGCCACCCGAUGAAGAAGAGGAUGACUCUCGUGCCCUCAGGGUCGCGUUGGGCCAGCUGUCUCUGCUGGGUCUCGGGGAAGGCGAAGACGGUGGUGGGGUUCCAGCAACUGGAGUACAGGACCGGAGUAACAAUAACAAUAACCCCCACAACCAUGCUAACAACGUCGGAGGAGGUGGCGGCGGCGAUACCGGGCUUUUGCAAGGGAAGAGCAAGUUAUGUGUCCUGUACGAGGGACCCUCAACUGAAACUAAAGGACGUGGCUGCAACAUAACAGAAUGCGUCCCUGUGCCCAGCUCCGAACAUGUGGCCGAAAUAGUGGGGAGACAAGGGUGCAAGAUCAAGGCCCUCCGAGCCAAGACCAACACCUACAUCAAGACGCCCGUCCGGGGCGAGGAGCCUGUCUUUCUCAUCACGGGCCGCAAGGAAGACGUGGCGCUGGCAAGACGCGAGAUCAUCUCGGCGGCCGAGCACUUCUCCAUGCUGCGGGCUUCCCGCAACAAGCUUGGGGUGUCCUUCAGCGGUUCCCCACCCACGCCUCUGCCUGGCCAGACCACCAUCCAGGUAAGGGUCCCGUACCGCGUGGUGGGCUUGGUGGUCGGCCCCAAGGGCUCCACCAUCAAGCGCAUCCAGCAGCAGACGUGCACGUACAUCGUGACUCCCAGCCGCGACAGGGACCCCGUCUUCGAGAUCACGGGCUCCCCGAGCAACGCAGAGCGGGCGCGCGAGGAGAUUGAGGCGCACAUCGCCUUCCGCACGGGCGGCAUCCAUGACCACAACAACGAGAACGACUGCCUGGGGCCCGACAAUGCCACCACGGGGCUGGAGAGUCGUCUGCAGCAGGUGUGGGGCCUACAGGGAGGCCAGCGCAAGCCCCUCACAAGCAGCUACCGCCAGAAUUUCUCUGAUGCCAUGGUCGGCGGUAAUGGAGGAGUAGGGGGCAGCAAUGGCGGCGGCGGAGGAAUAUACGGCAAGGGUGAGUACCCCAGCCCUGGCAACGGCGACAAGCCUGGGUCCUACUUUGGUUCCGACGGAUCUUCCAGCUGGGUGGACCCUGACUACCCCAAACAAAUGGCCUUCUAUGCCCAGCAGCGCUCCAAGAGCUUUGGGGGUCUUCCUCUGCCUCUCACCAGACUGUCCCCCAGCCUGCCGGAGUCCUGUGGCACCACGGUGCCGCCUGUGGUUGGGGGGUCCCCCCACGCGCAGGCCCGACGCGCCCACAGCGAGCCCACCUCCAGCAGCCCCGCCUUCCCUCCCGGUCGGCUGCCACUGUCCGACUCCCCGCCCAUGAUGAGGGACUGCAUGACGUGUUUCGAGAGCAAGGUGACAGCUGCACUGGUGCCAUGCGGUCACAACCUCUUCUGCAUGGAGUGCGCCAUCCGUAUCUGUGAGCUCAGCCACCCCGAGUGCCCUGUCUGCCACACCCUUGUUACGCAGGCCAUCCGAAUAUUCUCAUAGAAACAAACAAACAAAAAAUCUCCUUUUUUUAUUUUAGUGUUAUGUUAUUCUGUGAUUGAUUGAAUGAAUGAUUUAAUGAUUCAGUGUAUAUGAUUUUUUAUUUUAUUUUUUAUGUUUCUUUUGUUACAUUUUGUGUUUUGCUCUUUUUUAAGUGAAUUUUAACCAAACAAGCAGAUAUUUUAGAGGGCACUGCUUGCUUUACUAAAAAAAAGUAAGAAAUAUUUUUAAGUUUUUCUUUUAUAAAUAUACACACAUAUAUAUUUUAUAAGACUUUUCAUUUAUACGUAAAAUAUAGGUCGAAACAUUUUUCUUUGACUCAAAAAGGCUGCUGUUUACCCUGUCUUAUUCAAGAAUGGGUGUAAACAGACGACUCAUAAUGUGAACAUUUGAGUUAUCUUUUUUUAAAACGAGAAAGUAUGGAGGAUAGUUUUACAUCCUGGUAUUCAAAUUAACAUGUAAGAAGCAAACAUAUUUUGAAAAUAUGUUUAAAAGAAAAACUAGCUGCACCUUACAUUUUAUUUUACAUCAAACUAUGAUUGUCAACCCUCCUUGCUAAUUAGAAUAUUAUUAUCGAUAUAUAGGAUUCUCCAAACCUUAACUUGAUUUUAUAUGUAUACCAAACUAACAGUUGAGAAUUGAACAAAAGCUCAGAGGACUGACAAUUUCUUUGCUAUUUUAUUUGCACCAUUUUUCAUAAUUAUGAAACAAAGAACCCUCACAAAAAAUGCUAGCAGUCCUGUUAAUAUCCACAAGAAUGUUCUGGAAAAAAAGGGAGGGAAAGAAAAAAGUUGGAACCUAAGGAAUUUUACUUAACAAUAUGUUUGGCCAAGUGCCUAAGUCUCCAUGUCCAGUCUGCCUAGUAACACUCUAUGUCUUCAGACAUC